UCGUAAAAGGGGCAGGACGCGCCGCGCUCGGGAUGACGUGAGCUAGUGGCGCUCGUCGCUGCAGCUGGCGGCUAGCGGGCAUCCACGCCAUGGAACGCUACGCGGGCGCCUUGGAGGAGGUGGCGGACGGUGCCCGGCAGCAGGAGCGACACUACCAGCUGCUGUCGGCGCUACAGAGCCUGGUGAAGGAGUUGCCCAGCUCAUUCCAGCAGCGCCUGUCCUACACCACGCUCAGCGACCUGGCCCUGGCGCUUCUCGACGGCACCGUGUUCGAAAUCGUGCAGGGGCUACUGGAGAUCCAGCAUCUCACCGAAAAGAGCCUGUACAACCAGCGCCUGCGCCUACAGAACGAGCACCGAGUGCUCAGGCAGGCGCUGCGGCAGAAGCACCAGGAAGCCCAGCAGGCCUGCCGGCCCCACAACCUGCCUGUGCUUCAGGCGGCUCAGCAGCGAGAACUAGAGGCGGUGGAGCACCGGAUCCGUGAGGAGCAGCGGGCGAUGGACCGGAAGAUUGUCCUGGAGCUGGACCGGAAGGUGGCUGACCAGCAGAGCACACUGGAGAAGGCGGGGGUGGCUGGCUUCUACGUGACCACCAACCCACAGGAGCUGAUGCUGCAGAUGAACCUGCUGGAACUCAUCCGGAAGCUGCAGCAGAGGGGCUGCCGGGCAGGGAAGGCAGCCCUGGGACUGGGAGGUCCCUGGCAGCCGCCUGCUGCCCAGUGUGACCAGAAAGGCAGCCCUGUCCCACCAUAGCCACAGGCAGCAGAAGUCUGGGCAGAGUUCAUCUUCUUGACCUUUGGCCACUGCCUUCCCAGCUGCCCACAGGGGUCCCCCUGCUGAGGAGAGGCCGGGUGGACCCCGGCUGCCUGUCAUCCUUCGUCUGGGACUUGCUGCCAAACGCUAGGAUAGUCUCAUAAAGGGGAGGCCGGCCCAGCCUCCCGCUGUCUGCUUCAGGGCCAGGCAGAGAGUGAGGCUGGGGGUUCUCACACCUUACUCCACGGGGCACAUCCCAACCUGCACUGGGACCUACCCAAGAGCUUGUUUUGGUCUCAGCCGCUCCCUUGGCAGCUGCAGCUGCCAUGCAGAAGAGGCUCCCAGGCCCAAGCUGUGUGUGACCCAGAGAAAUAAAGAUGCCUCAGUGUGGCCCACA